AUGUGCUACGGAAUCCUCUACGGUGUCUCGGAGGCCACGCUGAAGAAGUAUCGCGGUUGGGCCAACGAGUACAAGCGGUUCAUGGCCCACGAGCUGCCUAAACUGGACGCGGGUAGGUUUGGUGAUGAGGCCGCGCUGAGAAACGCGAACCCGGACGAGAUUGGGGCCGCGCUCGAACAGAACAUGGGUGGUGACUGGAAGAUGGCGGAGGGCGACGAGCAGUGGUUCCACGGCCCUGAGACGAAUCCGUGGCGCUUACGCAAAUACGUGACCUUCCUCGCGAACGAGACAGUCGCGCAGGCGGACAGGAUGGCCACACUCAAGCGGCCGCAGAAGACCUUGAAGAAGAGACGCCAGUGCACCCCAGCAAUGCUGAUGGGGCGUCUCAAGGCUUUGAACCUGCUCAUCAAGCUGGACGGGGCGAUCUUCAGGAAGCCCGUUCUGAACCUGCUGCGCGACUUUGCAGAGUGUCGCAUCUGGGUCCGCGUUCAAGUACGCGACCAAUACAAGCGGUUUAUCGCGACGGGCAAGACAAACAAAGACUUCUCGCUCAACUACAUAUCUGCUGUGAGGCACAUAGAUUGGACGAUGUGCGCGGUCGGAGCGACGCUGCUGUGGCUGCACUGGGUGUACGACUUGGUUCCCAUCCUCUACGAGGACAUAGCCCCCCCUCUCGACUUCACGGAACCCUCCACGUGGUACGAUCAAUAUCUGUUCUUCCCCCUUCGCGCGGGCAACGAGAAGCAAAUACCGCCCACGACUCAUCACGACUGGGCGGCGAAAAUUCUCCAGGACGCGGGAAUCACAUGCUCGCGUGCGGUUCACGCGACCAGGGCUGGGGGGGCGCAGCACGCGUCCGCGGACGGAAUGCCUUCGGAUCAGCUGGCGAGGCUGGGGGGCUGGCGGUUCAUCGACGUGAUGACUAAGCACAUGAGCUCAGCAACCUGGGCACCCGGAGCCACUUUCUGCCGCGCAUCCCGUUUCAGCCCCAUCACCCUCACAGCGUUCAUGCCUUGCAUUGCACGUGCAAGUUGA